GUAAGCACGCGCCUUGACUUGUCCUGGGGAACCAGAGGUUCUGGUGCAGCACUCGAGGAGCUUUGCCGCGUGACAAACGAUAAACUCGAAUCCCUACCCGACAUGCAACCGUUCACUGUACUAAUACCGGGAACAACUUGUAUUUUCAUUUGCAUCUCCACAAUCUUCAGCAGAGCGCCACAUUUCUCUCGUGGAAGGAUUUAUCCAGUUCACAUAAAAAUUGCCUUGGCUCGUGCUUUCCAGGCAGCUGCAGCCCGUCAACUCUGUGCUAAGCUUACGAAGCGCCUUCAAAAGCUCAAGCUGAAAGACAUGAUCGUCAUGGAUGUUGUCGUUAGCGGUGGGGUUGCCAGCAACAUCUUUUACCGCAUCUUGCUCCGUUUCCCACUGCUAGAAUUAUGCACAGGUCGGUGCUUCAAUACGCCGAUCAGUCCACAGCGUUUGAGAUUCAACACAGACAAUGCGGCGAUGAUUGCGUGGGCUUUGAUGCAUCGGUUCCUCGCCUAUGAUGACUGCCCGGUGGACCUUCGUACCAAGUGGAGCAUUGAGGAUAUCAGA